AUGAGCAGAGAAGGAGAGAGAGCAAGAGCUCAGGGAGAGAGUUCCUCCGGCCUGUCAGUACAGGAAUUAACGUUACAGCAACACUGCAAGGAUUUGCAUCACAAGAUAGACGUGAUUGAUGAGGAACACUAUGACAUUGGCAUUAAGGUGACCAAAAAUGACAAAGAGAUACAGGAAAUGAAUCAGAAGAUCUAUGAGAUGAAGAGCAAGCUAAAGAGGCCUAACCUGAAGGGAGUCAAACUGUCAGCUGAACACAUGCUAAGUGUCCUUCUAGGCUCCAAACACUCACAGUCCAUUGACUUCAAAGCUAACCUGAAGACAGUGAAGAAAGAAGAGGAGAAGAAAGAAGAGGUGACUGACUGGCGUAAAAAUGUAGAGGCAUUGUCUGAAAUGGAGGGCAGGAAGAAGCUGUUUGAUGCUGGACAAUGGCAGCAGUAUCAAACCAAAGAUGACGUCAAAGAUAUGGCAGCCUACAACAACAUAUCAGGAAGAAGAAGAAACACUCCGCAUUCAUCACUUCUUCAUGUUCAAGGUCCCUUAUUGAUGGUGGUGAAAUUAUCUGUGAUUUCAGAUCUGAAUUAGUUAAGCAUUUAUGAAAAUAUUGAAAUAAGCUUCAUUAUUCCAAUAUAAUCUUUAAAUACAAUAAUAUUAUUAAUAUUUUCUUGUAUAGAAGAUAUGAGAGAUUGUUUUUUCACCAAGAUAUGCAGUAUAUAUAAUUAAAAAUAAAUAAAACACAAAAAAC